AGCAAGACUCAGAUGACAGCUGAAAACUUCAUGCGCCAGAUUGGAAGUAUAUGAAUUAUUCCUGCAAUAAUGACAAAUCUCACAGUUGUGACUGAAUUUAUCCUCAUGGGGUUUUCUACCAAUCAGAAUAUGUACGUUUUGCAUUCAGUGCUCUUCUCGUUGAUAUACGUGUGUGCCCUGAUGGGGAAUGUGCUCAUUAUCAUGAUCACAACUUUGGACCAUCAUCUGCACAUUCCCAUGUAUUUCUUCUUGAAGAAUUUAUCUUUCUUGGAUCUCUGCCUUAUUUCAGUAACGGCCCCCAAAUCCAUUGCCAAUUCUUUGAUAAACGACAACUCCAUUUCAUUCCUUGGCUGUGUUUCCCAGGUCUUUAUGUUGCUUUUUUCAGCAUCUGCAGAGCUGCUCCUCCUCACAGUGAUGUCCUUAGACCGCUAUGCUGCCAUAUGCCACCCCCUGCACUAUGACAUCAUCAUGAACAGGGGCACCUGUGUGCAGGCAGUAGCUGUGUCUUGGGUGUAUGGGGGUCUGAUUGCUGUGAUGCACACAGCUGGUACCUUCUCCUUAUCUUACUGUAGGUCCAACAUGGUCUAUCAGUUCUUCUGUGACAUCCCCCAGUUAUUAGCUAUUUCUUGCUCAGAAAAUUUAAUGAGAGAAAUUGUGCCCAUCUUCAUUAAUGUGGUUUUGGAUUUCUGUUGUUUUAUAUUCAUCAUCAUUACCUAUGUCUAUAUCUUCUCCACUGUCAAGAAGAUUCCUUCCACAGAAGGCCAGUCGAAAGCUUACUCCACUUGCUUUCCCCACCUGGUAGUGGUUGUAUUAUUUCUUUCCACUGGUUUCGUUGCUUAUCUGAAGCCGACUUCAGGAUCCUCUUUUAUUUCUGAUGUUGUAAUUUCUGUGUUCUAUACCAUGAUACCCCCAACCUUGAAUCCCAUCAUAUACAGUUUAAGAAACAAGGCCAUGAAGAUGGCUCUGCAGAUGUUGAUAAGGGGAAAUCUCACCAAAAAGUAAAAGCUCACAUUUUCCCUUUCAGUAGUAGAUACAAUCUACAACUUAUACCCAUUAGUCAUUUUUCCUUCCAAAUUUUAUAAGUAAAAUUUUUAAAAGAAGAAUAAGAGCAGCUCUAUCAUUAUAAAUUUUCCUUG